GUCAGGAGGUCAAGGUAGCUGUAGGGCGGGUGCUGCUGGGUUUUAAGCUGAACGUGGGCGCGGAUGUAGCCAACCCGCUCCGACCGCCGGCGCCAGACCGCGGCUUUCCCACCGUCAGGGGAAUUUUGGUGGUUAAGGUGCCGUAUGACUUGGCAAACAUCGACCGCGAAGCAACGGGUCUACAGCUGGCUUCGUUGGGUGUCGUCCUCACUGCGGUCUUCCUGCUCAUGGCCAUCAUGUCCAGUCCGCUCUCCCUUCUGCUGGACUCCCUCGCCAACUCUGUUAGGGAGACGCAAACGGUAGACGAGGCCCUCCGUCAGGUGUCCUGGGCGAAGCUUCUGAAAAGUCUGGACCUCGAGGAAGGGUGGGCGGCCCUCCACACGCCUGCAAACUGCCGGGAGAAGGUAGUGUGCGAAGUCCACAGGUUACUCCGAAGGGCGUCUCCACACUCACUCCGCUUAAUUAAGACGUUCGUGCCUCACCUGAGCGGGGCGACGAAGUACAGGAAAGCCGCCACCGCAGGACUCGGAGGUCGCAACUGUCACGCCCUCUACCCCUCCUGCAGCGCCUCCGGCAUGCAGUUCCUCGCCAACCUCCCCGCCGCCGUGUCAGCUGAUUCUCGAAGGGGUGAACGGGGCUGAUUUUUGAGUUUCUCUCUUUCUCUCUUUUUUCUUUCUUUUAUUUUUUCUCUUUUCAUUCUUUUUCUUUCAUUCUUUCUUUUUUCUCUUUUAUUUCUUCUCUUUUAUUUCUUCUUUUCUUUUCUUUCUUUCAUUUUUUCUUUCCUUUUUUCAUUCUUGCUUUCCUAUAUUUCCUUUGUUUCUUUUUCUCUUUCCUUUCU